AUGAGAGCGAAAAUUGCAACCGACAAAGUGGAGUGGGACGACAGAGAUGUCCAAGCAACUAACUAUAUUUAUAGUGCAAUAACCAACAAGCAGUUGGAAUAUAUAAGCGAUUUUGAUUCAGCCUACGAAAUAAUACAGAAAUUCGACGAGAUGUAUUUGAAAAAAUCAACAGCGUUGCAAAUAGUAUGUCAACAUAACCUCAAAAGUGUCAAAUUGAAAAAUUAUUCUGAAGUGUCUCUAUUUUUCGAUGACUUUGAAAAAUCUGUAAAUGAGUUAAAACAAGCAGGUGCAACGAUAUCAGAAACAGAAAAACUAAAUUAUAUGUUAAAAGCACUCCCAGUAAGUUACAGCUACAUAGGUGAUUUAAUUGAUGAUUUGCCAGAGGGUGAAAGAACAGUUGACUAUUUAAAAAGUAAAAUAAAAUUGAAAAAUACGGAAAAUGUGAGUGAAACGUUAAAUGAUACAUCAAAUGCUUUUAAAGCAGAUGCCAAGCCAUUAUAUAAUUGUUUUAGUUGUGGAAAACUUGGCCAUCUGAGAAGAGACUGUAAAUCAGGAAAUGUAAACCGUGAUCGAGGACAUAGUUUUUCUCACUAUAGAGGACGUAGUUUCUCUGGCUACAGAGGAGGUGGUUUCUCUGGUUAUCGAGGACGUGGUUCAUAUAAUAACAGAGGACGAGGCUCAGGAAAUUAUCACCAUAAUAAUCAAGAGAGUCAAGGAAACAGUUUUCAUACUACUAUUGCAAAUAAUACUUACACAACGAGUGAGAAUGAUAAGACAAAGAAAGGUCAAAUAAAUUGGUUACUAGACAGUGGAUGCACAGACCAUAUUAUUAAUAUUGAUGAGUACUUCAAUUCCUGUGAGAUAUUAAAUAAACCUGUUAAAGUUAAAAUUAGGGACGGCACAAUAUUAGAAGCUACAAAAAUUGCAAUUGCAAUUAAGGAGGCGAGACUGUAUAAGAUGAAAAGUUACAUGUAUGAAGAAAUAUUGGAAGCAAAUAUGAGUAAAAAGGAAAAACUACAUCGCACUAUGGGCCAUAUUAAUUUUAAAAAUUUGGAAUUAAUGUGUAAAAAUGAGUCAUUAGAAGGAUUACCUAAAGAUAUUGAAUAUGAAUAUUUAAAAUGUGCAAUAUGUAUUGAAAAGAAAAUGCAUAACUUACCAUUUCAUAAUAAUCGACGGAAAGCAGAGGAGAUAUUAGAGAUUGUUCAUACUGAUUUAAAUGGGCCACAUCAGACUACAGGAUAUAAUAAAGAAAAAUAUUUUUUGAGCUUUAUCGAUGAUUACAGCAAAUUAGUGAAAGUUUAUUGUAUCAGAUCGAAGGAUGAAGUAUACGACUACUUGGUGCAAUAUGUUAAUGAGGUACAGAACUUGACAGGAAAAACGAUAAAGGAACUGCGAUGUGACAAUGGGAAGGAAUAUAUGAAUAGAAGAGUUUUUCAGUUCGCAAAAGAGAAAGGAAUAAUAAUAAAACCCUGUCCAGCAUAUGUACAUCAAUUAAAUGGAACAGCAGAGAGAUACAAUCGUACAUUAAUGGAUAUGGGUAGAUGUCUUUUAUCAGAAGCAAAGGAGGCAACUACAUGUAAUGAGGCAAUGAAAUGGAAAGAAGCAAUGAAUAGUGAGAUGGACAGUUUAAUGAAAAAUAACACAUGGACUCUAGUUAACAAACCUCCUAAGGACAAAAAGGUAAUUGAUGUGAAGUGGGUAUAUAAAAGGAAGAGCGAAAAUGAAUACAAAGCAAGUAAUGCUGAUAUUCUGGAUUGUUUUGUGGAUGCUGAUUGGGCAGGAGAUAUUAUAGAUAGGAAAUCAACUACAGGAUUUGUCAUUAGAUUGUUUGGAAAUAUUAUUUACUGGAAAUCAAAGAAACAAAGUAGUGUAACAAAGUCUUCAACAUUUGCUGAAUAUGUAGCUUUAUCAGAAGCAGUAACAGAAUUAAAUUUUCUUAUUUAUUUAAUAAAUUAUGUCUUCACUAAAGUUUGUAAACCAGUUAAAAUUUAUGAAGAUAAUUCAGUAGCUGUAGCUAUUUCUAAAUAUGGAAACUUUACAAAGAACUCUAAGCACAUUGAAGUUCACUAUCAUUUUAUACAUGAAAAUGUUAAGCAAGGUAGUAUUAAAGUAGUAAAAAUAGAGUCAGAAAAAAAUAUUGCAGAUAUAUUUACAAAAGCUUUGGGAAAUGUUAAAUUCACUAAAUUUAGAGAAAUGUUAAAUUUAAAGGAGUAA